CUUAGGGGGAUCUAGCAUGUGAUUACUUUUUUUAGUCAGGAUUUUCUUCGUAGCUGAAUUGGAUUUAGUUUUUUUAUUUUUUUUCUCCCUAACCAGAUGGUAAGUGAUUCAGUACUUUUAGCAGUAGAAAAAUGGUUUGUUUUCUUUCCUCGGGAGCUGGUGUGAAUGCACUUUUCUUUAUCUAUUUACAUAUUAUGUAAACACUCUUUACCAGCAUUUAUGUAGGUAGAUUAGAGUCCUGAUCCUGCAGGGAGCUGUGUAUAGGCAAGGCCUUGCACAUAGAAAGACUUGACAUUGCUUACAGAGAACUGUUCACAUGGAACUCACGGCGGGAUUGUUAACUUUAUUUGUAUUUUUAUAUAUGCACUCUAAUUUAUGACACUGUACUAGGAAGCCGACAGAACUGUAAGUCCACAGAACAGUUGAGUAACUUUGCAUGCUUUACCUUUUUUUUUUUCACCUGACGAAGUCUCUGGAGCUGCCCUUGGUCUCUUGUGCUGUCUCCUUGUGAAAGGCUGCAAUCCCGAUCAGAAAGAUUGUUAUUGAGCCUUCCACAAAGCUGAAAUAAUGCUGUGUGUUAAAAAAAUGUUAACAAUUUGAAGAAGUUAUAAAAAUUUAUAAGUUGACUGAAUACUUUGGAAAUUUCUGCAUAUUUUAAUAUAAAUAGCACAGAUAAAUUCCUUUCUUGCUGCGGCUCUUGGUUGUUCCAACCAGCAUAGCCAGAAAGGCUGCUGCAGGUGUGGCGAUCAGAAGUACUGAUUUAAUUGACUGCACGGAUUUGCAAUCGGCAGUUCAGCAGCUGCUCAUGAGCCAUCCUUGCAGGAGGGGAACCUCAGAGAGAUGAGUGAGUUGGAUGCUGAGAAAUGGGAAUGGGUGGAUCUAGUCAUCCCAAGAGAAAUCAGCCCUGCUCAUUCCUUUAGCCAGAAAGAUAUGACAGGUUGUGAUAUCGGACUGCAGUCAAGUCCCACCUGUGCUAUUCCACCCUUUAUGAGUGAGCAGUGCUGGGGCUGUGCAGCUGUCACGGACAUCCCCUUUUUGGGGGCAGCAGAACAGCCCAUGCUGGACGUGAGGGAAGCAGCAGAGGUCACAGCAGCUACAGCUGGAUCCUUCAAAGCAUGGCAGAAAAGAACAGCGUGUUCUGGUAGCUGCUGUCAGGCUGAACAAGCCCAACUCUCUCAGCCUGUCCUCAAAGAGGAGGUUCUCCAGCCCGCUGAUCAUCUUCUUGGCUUCCUCUGGACUCACUCUAAGAGACUGAUGUCCUUCCUGCGUCGAGGACUCAGAAACGAACACAGUACUCCAGAAAUAAGAGAACAGCAUUCCUACCUGUCACCUAUGUGGUGGAAAUGUGAGGACAACUCUGACCCCACAGAGAACUCUAGGCUUGCAUGGCAGCUACAGGAAUGUGACAUCCAAGAGAAGAUUAACUUUGAAAUUCGCAUGCGAGAAGGCAUCUGUAAACUACUUGCAGUGAGCACACAAAAAGACCAACUCGUUCAAGCGGUUAAAAACCUGAUGGUUUGCAAUGCGCGUAUACGUGCCUACAGGACAGAGCUACAGAACCAAAAAGAAGAGUUGGUCUCAUGCAAAACUGAAGAACAAUCUUCAGAAAAUGGUAAAAGAGACCGAGUGGCAUGCAGAGCAAAGGUUGCUAUAUCAGAUAUUCGAAUUCCAUUAAUGUGGAAAGGCUCUGAUCACUUCAGCAAUAAAGAAAAAUCACAGCGCUAUGCAGUUUUUUGUUUGUUCAGGAUGGGAGCAGAGGUUUCUGAUACAGAGGUGGCUAUUGUGGAUAAAGCGAUAACAGAUAUCUGUUUUGAGAAUGUAACCAUUUUUGAUGAAGCAAGACCAGAUUUCCAGGUGAAGGUUGAAGUGUAUAGUUGCUGUACAGAGGAGCCUUUAUGUGUUACAAACACUCCUAAGAAACUAGCAAAGAAGCUUAAAACAUCCCUCAGCAAAGCUACAGGGAAGAAACUCAAAGCUGGGCUGGAAGAAGACAGCACUGAAUCCCUUUUGCCCACUGACCCAGUGAUUCAGGGAGCAAAGUACAGUUUGCUAGCCUAUACCACUUUGGGGCUGGAGAGUGCCGAGGACAAUUUCAGGACACACAACCUUACCAUUACAGGAAAUGAGGAAUCCUCUUUUUGGCUUCCCCUGUAUGGAAACAUGUGUUGCCGUUUAAUUGCUCAGCCUACCUGCAUGGUUAGGGAUACAAUGGCAGGAUUUCUCCUUCAGCAGCAAAUGAUGGGAAGUCUCACUAGCUGGAGGAGGCUGUAUUGCGUACUAAGAGGUGGCAAGCUCUUCUGUUAUUACUCUCCAGAAGAAAUUGAGGCUAAACUGGAGCCAGCAUUGACUGUUUCUGUCAACAAGGAAACCAGAAUUCGAGCUGUGGAUAAGGACUCCAAAGGAAGAACUAAUAACUUCUCUGUUAUCAACCCUGUGUCUGGAGAGGCUGUGAUGCAACGUUUCGCUACUGACAGUAGGGAAGAACUCCAUAAGUGGAUGGAGGCUUUCUGGCAGCACUUUUAUGAUCUGAGCCAGUGGAAACAUUGUUGUGAAGAACUUAUGAAAAUUGAGAUUAUGUCACCACGGAAACCACCUUUGUUCUUGACAAAAGACGCGACCUCCGUCUACCAUGAUAUGAGCUUUGAUUCUCCAGUGAAACAUGAGGGUUUAGCUGAUAUCAUACAAAGAAAAAUCAAAGAGAGUGAUGGUGUGUUCCUGCUUGGACAGAAAAAAGAGUCUACAUCUUCCUUAUGGGCUUCACUUUUUGAUGGCUCUCAUGAGAUGGUUGUUCAGAAAAACACGCAUCUGGGCCCCCAAAGAGAAACUACAAGUCCUAAUGAUUGCAGAGGAAAGAAAAGAAGAGCUCCACCUCCACCCUCUGAUAAGCCACCAUAUAGAGUGAAAGAACAAGUGAAUGUAGAGCAGUUGGGCAAGGAAAACUGGGAAAAUUCUGACUGCACAUCUGCUGAUAGUUCUUCUUUGGACUCAAAGCUAUCUACCAAAAUGCAGCAGUUGCAGACACCCAUUGCUGCUCCUCGCAAAGUUGGUCCUUGUAGGAAAAGUAAUGGGAAUCCCAUUUCAUUGGUUACCAAGAACGAGUCUGAAACCAAGUGGGUACCAACCCCUAGACAGAAACGCAUUACAGAAAUGCUGGACCCUAGGUCAUGGUUGCAGCCAUAGACAUCAUAAUUAGCUUAGAAGAGUCCCUGGAAUUUUAAGUUUCUCAGCCUUCUACUGUAACUCUUGAGUGAAAAUAGAUUUGGACAUAUAGCUUGUAAGUAUUGAGGCUAAAGUUUUUUCUUUUAGCCAGGGUUUUACUACUAGUUAGUCUCAGCUGUGCUCGUUAUGGCUAACAUGUAAAUAAUGGCACUCGUAACAGGGGGAGUUAUGUCUAUAUGAAAUAACAGUGCUACUUCUGAGCAGUUCAGUACUUUGCCCUUGAACUACUGGCAGUGUUCAGGGUAGCUCAGUGUCCCUGUGACAGGGAUAUUUACCAUUGCCUUCUAGCUUGCCCUUAGCUUAGCCCUUCCGCAGCUCCUCAGACUAAUUCACUGGGAAUUUCACACAUUCAGCCCAGGUCUUGCAAAGAUGGUUUUCUGGGGCUCCAUGCUUUGCUUCACCUGAAAUAGUUCUAAUCUUUCUCUCACUGUUUGGGAACCACUGGUCAUGAAAAGUUAGUGUGCUUUUCUGACUGGCUUUCCAACUCCAUAUGAAUUUCUGAAGUAGUUCUGUCAGUUUAGUGUGGGAUCUCCUCAGUUCUUGCUGGUGCGUGCGCUGUCUGAACGGACCAGGAUUAUCUGUACAAGCAAGAAUGAGAUCCAUGACUGCUGCUUAGUUUGCAUUAACGUGAGCAUUUAAAAGCAGUACUGCGUAUGAACACCUAUUCAGGAUUUAAUUUUUAUGAUUUUUUUUCCUGACAAACGGGGCUCUGUAGCGUUGCUUCUGCUUUGUGGACGCUGUCAGCUGUUCCUGGUAGAUAGUGAGGUUGUAAACACAGCAAUGUUACCGGUAAACAAAUAGGUUUUCUUUCACCACUCGUUCUUUCUGAAAUAGCAGAGAAUAAGUACUUCAGGUGAAAAUAUCAAACUCUGAUAUUCUUCCAUCAGACUGUUCACUAUUUUUGUAAGUCACCUGAGUUAUUAGGAUUCCUGUGGCAUCUGGAAAACAUCUACUGCAUACGGAACAGGGUCUGUUCUCCUCGAUCCACAACUUAAAUAUCCAACCCUUUCCUUGGCUAAUGCAUUGAUCUCAGAUGCUGGAACUUAUCCAACAGCAAAGGUCUUCUUACAGAUCUCUCUUUAGAGCUUUGGUAUUCAGUUGAGAGUCGUGUCAGCAGCUAUAUACAUAGAGUUAAUUAAUUAUUUUUUUUCCCUUAAGUGCAGAUGGCUUUGGGAACUUUACCAUUUCUCCUGAGGACAUUGUGUGCGUGGUUGGUUUGUUUAUCUAUCUUUUUUUUUUUUUUUUUCUGCUAAGCUCUUGGCUGCACUACUGUAAAGGUAUCUGCUGAAUUCCCUCAGUAUUUCAUUGCUUGUUUCGUAUGGGGCUUGAGAGGCAGUUUUCAUUUACAAAUCCCUUUGCAGGACUGGAGCCCUUAGUUUCUGGAAUGUCCUUGUUCAUUCUUUGUUUAAUCACAUUCCAUUUUCCCUCUGAAGCAACCAUAAUAAUUCUUACAAUAACUCAUGCUGUUACUUAAGUGGAUGGUUUGUGAAUGGUUUAUAAAUAGGAACAGAAAAACUGAAGAAUAACUACAUGAUUAUGUAAAUUAGACACAGUCGACUAAGGGGACUGUGCUACUCUGAACAAGAAAUAGGAAAAAUAAACAGGGAGAAAAAAACCCACAUAUUUUUCCAAAAUGCAGAUGCAGUUUAUUUAACUUUAAAUCUAAUGUUAAAUGUUACUGUGCUCUAGAAAGAAGGAAUACCUUUUUCUCGGUAACUCCCCUUCCAUUUAGUUGUUAUAUAUCACAAUAGACCUCAUAAAUAUAUAAAGCAAAAAGGCACCAUAAUGAGGAUUUUUUUCUUUUAAAAUUCAACAGGCCGUUGAAUUUCAACGAGCAGUUUCUCUAUUAAAUUCAGUGGCUUUGUUUUGAACUGAACAUACAUAUUUUAGGAAGGCAUUAAAUAUUAAUUUAAAGUCUUCAAGUGAUGAGAAUUCACUCAUGCCUCCUGUUGCAACGGUUAAUUACCCCAGGUACGUUUUCCACUUGAUUUUUCUAUUUGCAUUUCUAUCUCUACCUUAAGUUAUUUUGGUCUUUUUAUGCAUUUGAUUGCUUAUAUUGAUCUUUGUAGUAUCAGCUUUUCUAAUUGCUUGUAGGUAGUUAUAAAUCACGAUUAAGACCCUUUUAACCUUUUCUCUGAUGAGAUGUACUGAAUUCCUUAACUUUCUUAUGGCAACAAAUGCUAUCCAAGACUAAUCCUCGUGUUAUUCUCCAUACUUCUCAUGUAUUCAAAUAUUUUUAAGUGUAACAUCUGAAUUAGAUGCCACAUGUCAAUAGCGAUCCAUCGAGACUGUAUAGAGACGUAAUAUCAUCCUCUUACUCCGAUUGAUACCUCUUUCCCGCUUUCCUCAAAAAUUCUAUUAUCCUUUUUUUGUGGAAGCAUUGCCUGGGAUUCUGACUUUUAUGGCUCAAGUCCUCUUCAGAGUCUUUCAAGAAUGCAGUACACGAUCCUCUUAUUACCCUACCUUAUUUUUUCUUAGAAAUAUACACUGUAUUUUACCAACACUAAAAUACUGUUCAUGAAGUGAUCCAGAUUGCUCCGUGUAAGUGACCUGUCCUCAUGCUUUACUACUCCAGCAGUCUGCAUGUCCUUUGCAAAUUUAUUGCAAGUGGUUUUUACAGUUUCUUCCAGAUCAUUGAUUUUUAAAAUUGAAUGCAAGGCAAGGUUUGUAGAGAGAGGUGAUAAGUUUUAUUACAUCGGUGACAUGGAUAGGGGGUGGGGAAAAGUAAACAAGCAGGCCAUUGAGUUCAUGUCCCUUUUUUCCUAGAGCCUUUAAAAAAAAUUAGUAAGAUGUAAAAUGACUUCUUGCUGAUUCUUCUUGCUGAUUCCCUGUUAAUGCUGCAUUUUGAAAUUAUUCUUCUGUCUUCAGCAUAAUAUUCUAUAUUGAUUUGAUCUAGUAGUGAUAUUUUAAAGAAAAAGACAUCUUAAUCUGGUUUUCCCUAAGUGACUUAGGUUUUCUAAGGAUAACACCUCAGUGCAGGUGUCUUUGCAAGUUAAGCUUAGUAUAUCAAGGAGUAAAAUGCAACCUGUUCAAGACUGCUUCUCCAUGAAGUUGUUGAUUGACAUUUUAUUUCUAUCCUUAAAUUUGACUCGUAUUAGCCAGUUCACUGUAUUGCCUGGAUCACCACUAGGCAAACUCGGCCAUUAAUUACCCUGAUCAUUGUGCUUCAGAACAAUGUUCUUAUGGUCCUGUGAAAUGUCGUGGCAGUGUUGAGACUUGUUAAACUAAUUGGGUUUUUAGGCUUCUGGAGCUUGAAAGGCUUCUUCUACCAAAUAUAGUGUCUGUUAUUUUAAACAACCACUAUAUCAUCCCUAUUAUGAAUCAUCAGGUGACUUCAGGUUUUAGUAUUUAUUGUUACUGAGUUAAUCUUUCUUUUUUCCCUUCUAUAUUGACAUUUAUUAAUGCCUUCGCACCUUCUGUUAAGCAAGUUGGUUUAACUCAUAAAGAAAACUCAUAAAGGCUACCAGAAAACAUUGAUCUUGGCUAAACAGUGAAGUCAGUUGCAGGAAAUGCAUUUGUAAUCAGCUUUUGUCUACGCUAGAGAACUUAAUAUUUAGUUAUAAAACCAGAGCACAAUAUUAGGAGUAUAAUUAGGAAAUAUAUCUGUGAGGAAAAUGACAUUUUUUGGCUUUUCUAUGUAGUGACUAAGCAUAAUGCUAUAUUAUUGAUUCUGGUCCCCGAUUAUUGUAUAGGCUUGUUCAGAAACUACAGCUUUUCCUUUGUAUUUUUCCCCUCAUGUUUUUCUGACGAUAAUGAGGAUGAAUAAUCUGGAAUUAAGACCAAUAACUUGUGUGUACCAAGCACUCUGUUAGAAGGAGGGCAGCUGUGUCACAGUGUGGUACAGUGAUCUUUCAGACUUUGCACUGAUUCCCUUCCUGGACUGUGCGGUUUUGAGGACGUGGCCCAAGACAAUUGCUGAAGCCCAUGUAUUGGUCGUGUGUGGGAUUGGGGAGAGCCCUUAGCUCUCAUCCUUCACCGUGGAGGUGAGGUGGGGGUCUAGAGGUGGAAAGGCAGAAGGUAGCCUAUUCCUUAUGGGAUGUGUUGGAAACCAUUUAACUGCUGCUUCUUGACACUAAAAGAGUGUACCCAUUAAUUCAUCUUAUCAUUCAAUCACAAGGGUGCUGUAAUUGCAUGACUCAAAAUAUCAGUGAUCAAAAACGAAGAGUAAUGUGAUUAGCAUUUACGCACAGUUUCAAAAUUGGAAGUGUUUCACAAAGGCACAGGUGACAUUAGCCAGUCCUGCUGGAGCAAAAUCUGGAAGACAGCGGGAGGCCUGUGGCUUUUCCCAGCCCUCCCAUUGCUCUGCGCUCACACUUCUGCAGGAAAGUUGCUGUGCUGCUGCCUGGCAGUGGAGUGUAGGGGGAAACUGGGUUUGUUCAGAGACGCUGCUCUCAACAAAAGGUACAAAACACCCAUUGUAGCGUGAUGAGGGAUGAAGGCAUUGGUGCUGCUGAGCUAAGCGUGUGCUUAGGUACUUUUCUGAGGAAUAUGUCAAGCUUGCUCUGAAAACUAUACUUGCAUGUUCAUUGCUGGGAUGAAUUGAUUGAUGCUUAAAAAACUUCUGAAGCAGUGGGAUUGCUGUCUUGAAGUGGGUCAGAGGCAUAGUCAACCUGAACUGUUCAUUUUGGGAAGUACAACUUGAAAGCAGCUGCUAGGCCAAAUUAGAAUAUACAUUUCACUGAAGAUGAACAACUUUUCAAAUAAUCAUUGAGCAAAGACUUAACUUACUAAGUUUUUAUAUUGUACCUAAUGUCUUUGGUUGUUCCCUUGGUCUUGGAGUGGUAGACAGUACCUUUUGCAAUUUUAAAGACAUUAGCUUAAAAUGUUUACAUUUUUACUACUAUUGUGAUUUUUAUUUGUUUCUACAGUAAUUAUAUUGAUAGAUAUGGUGCUUUGUACAUAUUUGGAAAUACUGUCCUAGUAUUUAGAGUUGAUUUCUAAUUAAUGUAGAUUGCCUUAAUGGAAAAAUAUAGAUAUGGACACUAAUGUAUUGUGGAAUGCUAGAACAGAAAUCCAUUUUUGCUGCUAACAUUUUUCUGUUAAAAUAUGCAAGUGAAAUUAAAAAUGUUUCUAGGCUAAAAGAGUUUUGAUGAAUUUUCUUCAGUCUAGAACUGCAUUAAACUUUACUCCGGUUUAUCAGUCAUGGGUGAUGGCUGCUGUAAAAUCAGAGAACUUAUGGGUAGCCACCUUUCUGCUGGGCCUGCCGAAUGUAUCCCUCUGGGCUUGUUCUGGCAGUAGUGAACAGUAUCGGCCUCGGAUGUCUGAACUGGAGGAAGGGAGAAAAAAACAUUUGGCAGCUAGCAUUGAUUGCUCAAUCAGUCAUCCCAUGUAUCCAGGAGAUCUCUGUGGGAAUAUGUAAAGUUAGAAAUGUUAUCAGAGAUGUGCCUUAUUUGAACAAGUGUGCCCAAACUUUUUAGGUGCUGUCUUGCUUCUCUUGUAUUCUUGUAAGAAAACAUGUCAUGAAGCAGAUCUACAUCAUUCAGUCAGCUCUGCAAGGUUACUUCGUAAAUGAGCCUCUGACACAACUAACACCAUCCAUUAAUUGCUUUCUUUCACAGACAGCCUUGUGCUGAAGGAGAACUCCUGUUUGCCUCCCAGACCAGAGCUCAGUGUAGCUCUGCUCAUUUAAAGCUAACUAUGCCACUCAAGUAAAGUGUUCUUUUGGCCCAAUUAUCAUAAAAGAACUGUAAUAAACAUAGAGAGAACUGUUAGACAUUUUAAUUUUAGAAUAUUUGAUUUAAGAAUCUAUGAAAAAAAGUGAUUGAUAAUGACAAAGCAAGCCAAGGCAGCUGAGUAAUUUAACGAAACUCAUGCUGCAGUGUAAGUUGCUUUAAGAGAUCACAAUAAAGUAAGAGAUGAUAAUCUUUUCAUAUAACCAUUACCAAAUGGUUAUAUGGUACUCUUUCCAUGUAUGUACUCUAUAUUCACGAAAAAAUCUGUUUGCAAGACAUUAAAAUAAAUUGCUUUUCACAAGGAAAAAACUAUCUUUCAACAUUUUUAUGUCAAGAAAGCUUUCUAAACGUUCUUUAUAUACGUCCCCAAGAGGAGAAAAGUUAUAGUAACUGGCAAAGUGUCUUUUGUUCUGUUAAGGCUUUUCCUCGUAUUUUAUAAACUUCUUCCAAAAUAGUUAGAAUAUAAUGAUUCAUAAGAUGUGUUGUCUUACCUGUUUCUGAUACUUUUGAGUGUCAGCUGUGUCAGAAGGUGAUAUGGGAAUACUUGCAGAAAGAAGUAAUGGAGUUGCCUUCCAUACACAGACAGCUUCUUCUUAGCCCUUGGUAAUUACAGUUUUUUAUACGCAGAUGUGGGAAGCCUUUUAUCCUGCCAAAGCUUCACUGCAUGUCUGUCUGGACAUGAAUUCAUAGUGGCAGUAGAAGUAAAAAAAUGAUUUUUUUUUUAAAAUUAACUUAAAUGUUUGCAUCACUGUUCCCUCAUAGAGCUUGCAGUUUCAUGAUAUGCCAUGAGAGUUUUCUUUCAAAGCUUUAAAAUUUGUAUAUUACCUUUUGCUAAGAGGGAAAGAGUCGGUAAUACUCCAUCGCCUUCCUUUUUUAGUCACUGACGAUAAAGAUGGUACCAAAAUUCAAAUAUCUUUGCUUAACUUUUUCAACCUGAAGGCAAAAGGUCCCAGUCUUUUCCAUCUUUUUUUGGAUUAUGUUUUCCAUUUUCUAAUUAGUGUCUGUUUCAAAAUCCCACGUGUAUUUUGAAGAUCUCUUUCUGGAGCUGGGUGCCUAGAGCUGAACGCACACGUCUAGCUCAGGGGUACUUUUGAUUUACAAGAACAUAAUAUGUUCAUUAAUAUUGUCUCAUUCUGUUAUCAAAAAAGAAACAAAAAUAUUCCCAUUGCUGAAUGUUCUGUGCUUAAAGAAAGAUUCAUCUUGGGAAAGAAAAGAAUAUUCUAUCACUGUUAUGGAGAGGUUAACAUCUUACUUAGAAAUUUCUCAAUAGGAGGGAAAACAUGGAUGCAUAGCUGGCGCGAGUAAGCUGCUUUGUCCACACAACAUCUGUUUUUCAGAUGGUAGCAGCUGCUUUACUACUUUCCGUUUUGAGUGACCAUUACUCGUCAGUUCCUCAUGUCUGUAUGCAAGGGUUGAAAUUUUAAAAUAAACUGAGAGCAAUUUAACUGAUCUUCUCACGAUGUGGAUGUAUCAGCUGGAGUCGCAAAAGUCAAAGUACUGAGCUGCCAGAGUCAUAGCCUCUGUACUUGACUUGUAGGGAAAUGGAGGGCCUGUGGCAACUUUUCCUUUCUCCUGAAUCCAGAUUUACUGACUGAAUGCAGAGGACAAGGCUGCUCCUCUCACCAGCCUGGCUUUAUCUCACAACAUGGGCCAUUUGGAAUGACACGGGGGCAGGCUAGCUCUUCAAACAUGGAAGAAACCUUGCUCAAAAUGAAGAGAGUCUGCUCGAGGCCAAACCAGAUUUACUACACUAUAACUUUAAUAUCUCAGUAAUUUUAUUAUUUUAAUAAGAGCUCAUUUAUGUGUCUAAUACUGUAUCACAUUUUAUUCAUGACCUUAUUUGAAAGUUUCUUGAAUAACUGCUUGAUCAUUAUGCUUCAAUAAGAAAAGAUCUGCUGUCUUGGGAAUAACUCCCCUUAUCCCUGCUGAUGCAAUAGCCAGUUCAGCCUACAGACCGAUGCACGCUUUUCCAGGUAUCCAUUAAAAUAAUUGUAGACUUCCUUGGCAAGUAAAGCCAGUGUUUUCCAAACAUUAAUUCAUAACCUAAUAUUUACAUUUUUCAUAUGGGUAAACCAGAACAUAUCAGUCUUCUGCCCGUUGUACAGUUCCUAGAGUGAUUAAUAUAAAUUUCAGCAACAAUUUGUUUACUUGCCUUUUUCUGCAUGUCUUCUUCAGCAGGGCAAAUUCUGUCAACCAUACCCACAAAAAAAAUAGAAAGAGAUAGAGCCAAUUAUUUAGUUAGGCUCCAUCUGUCUCUUAUUGAAGCAUUAAAGAGAGCCAAGGGGUUACUGCAGAAACAAUUAUUUGAAUCAGGACAUGUGAUUACAAGUGUAUAAAUUCAGUUCAGUCUCUCCUGUAUUAAACGGGAGGCAGUGCAAGGGCCACAGCUUCUCAGCUUCUCACCUAUAAAUAGGGACAGCGGUGGCAGUAGUUUCCAUCACACAUUUUGAGGCAUUAGUCCUUAAUAGCGCUGGAUUUGGGAAAACAGUGCAACAUUUCAUGACCAUGACCUAAAUACUGCCAUCCUCUCAGACUCCUGAAUGAGGGGUGUGCAGGAAAGGGAAAAAGAAUUCGAGUUCUCCCCAUAUCUAGAGAGACGAGGCUAACAAAGAUAUUUUUACUAUAAGAACAGGGCAGUACAGAAAAGUUGACUGUUACAAGUUUCGUGUGACCCACAGGAGCUCAAUUAGGAUGUUUUUUGCAAUGCUGCCUGGUCUUACCGCUACCCUUUAACUUACUAGGCAAAUUUUUCCGCUUUUUAUAGUGACAAUAUUUGGAAAUGAUAUUGUUUAGUUCCUCAUAUUUCACUUUUGAAAUCUCUUACAACAAAGGGGUUUGAACUUUUAAGCUCUCCUUCCCUUUCAAUGUCAAUGUAGGAAUUAGUCUUAUCUGGCAGGAACACGUUUCACCUCAGCUGGCUUGCAAAGCCGAGGGACAGCAGCUGAAGGAAAGAAGCGUGGCCUUGUGUUUGGCCAAUGCAUUGCACGCUGUGACUUGUCCAUGGAGCAGACUUUGGGACUGUCUCACGUGAGACACUGUGAUCAUCCUCAUACCGUUAGAGGAAGAGCACUCACACACUGGUGAAAACCCUUCUUGUAACACCUUGCAGACAAAGGCGCUGAAGAAAGGUAAGAAACUCCUUUGCCAUUAAUGUCUUCAGUACAUGGGUUAAGCUUCAGCAGUGAUCCCACUACUUUCCACGAUGCUGUAUUCCUGAUGAAUUGCCACUAUGCACACCUGAUGCCACACUGGCUGUGGCAGAGAGCGAAAGGCACCGUCACUGCUGCCGUUCCCCAGCACCAGGCUCAGCAUCGCUGUGCACUGAGACGCUUGCCUGUCCAGGGCCAGAGCCAAGAUGCCCACAUGCCUUGCUCUGCUUUUACCCUACUCCAGUGCAAUCACAGCAUCUCCCUCUGGGAGAAAGACUUAAAGUGCUUUACAAUCAUUAAGCCUCAAAAUACCCUCCAGGUUAAUUAUUUGUACAGUGGGGAAAGUUGGCCACAGAAGUUACACGUAUGAAAUAUUUGUUUGUCAGCCUUUACAGUGAUAAUAAGACCUGGUCGUGCCCAGGUUUGUUUGCCCUUUUGGCAGCAUCCUAAUCCUAUAAUCAAUAAUACAUGUAAGUUCUGGUUUUGAUAAACUAAAGUUUAAAAGAACAAAUAAGCAGAUGAGCUUUUCCACAGCCUUCUCCUUUGUCCCGGUCUGGUGUUUCCAGGUGUGAUCCUCACUGAGUGCUCCCCAGAGCAGGACUACAGCUUACAAAGCCACAGUCCCCCCUGGCACUCUCAUUCAUGCAUUCUGUCAAACAACAUUUUCUUUGAUUUCUUUUUUAUCAAGAUUUUCUUGACUGAGAUCUUCAAAGCAAUUAAUUCAGUGCUCCAUGAUUGCAGCUGCUGAAUAAUUGUUUGUUAGAGUAUUUUUUUUUUCCCAGGCAAGAGAUGUAAAAUAGUUGCUCCCCUCAAUAAACAAGUUGUCAAAUGUGAUUAGUUAAUGGACCUGUAAUCAUGCAAUAGCAUAAAGGUAAGGUUUGGUAAGUGUGAUGUGAAAAUGCAUAUUUAAAUUAAAGCUAUAGGGGAAGAUUUUCCCAUAGGAAAUCUUGCUAUCAAUGCUGAAAUAGGCUAUUUACCAUUCAUAAUGAUUAACUGCAGAUCAUUAAUUAAAGAAAACAAGAGAUUAGUCAUCAAGCAUUACGAAUUGAAGAUGCAUUGAUUGUUUGAGUUACCUCUAGGUUAGUGCCUGGGUCCCUGUGCCUGAGCCAGAGUCCCCAGGUAAACUGAUACACAGAAGUAAAAGCCUUCUAAUAUUUAUGUAAAAAUAUUACUGGCCAAUUCGAAGCUCCAAGAGCCUGAAAUGCAAUCCUGUGUUCCUAGUCACCAGCCCUGUAAUUUGUCAUACUGUUCUUCGGCAGAUGCAUAUUAAGAAGCAGAAACACUUGGGCUUGUCGGUUCAUGGGGGAGAGGGAACGUCUCAUUUUUAGCAAGUGAAUGCUGAAUUCCAAGUUAAAUGUAGUUACAUCUAAUGUAUAGCAUAGCUCAAAAAAGCUAAUUAGCUUGUUUUGGUCUCUAAAUAAUAAAUCUACCUUUCUGACAGCCCUUUAGAAGAAACCUCAACCAGUUCUGCAGUGGCAUCUGGAAAGCCGAAGCCCUGUGCAAAGGAAUUUUGCAAGGUUGGGGUUUUUUUCCCCCCCCUCACUUGGGAAAUCUACAUUCAAGGGUAUUGUUUCCUAAAGAAUUUUCCUUGCCAGAAAAAGAAAACACUUUUUUGUUGUUGUUGUUAAAAGCUGUAUCUAUUAUAGAAAUUUAAUUCUCCAUUUGGGAAUUACAAGCAGUAAUAUAAUAAUAAUAGUUGUUGGUUACCACACGCUAAUUUCAAACUAUUCCAGGCAGCUGCCUUCUGCUUUCUGUGCAAUCUCCUAGCAUUAGACUCCAAUAUAAAAUGAAAUUACUCUAAACUGUCUGUCAAAUUUGACUAUUCUUUUAAAAUCAUUCAGCUGUUACUUACAUUAUAUAAUAGCAACCAGGGUAAUUUAAUUACUAACUCACAUAUGAAAAAUAAGACUUCAGCUUGCAACCUUCAGGUAAUUAACCAUCUAACUACUAUUAAAAAGAAAAUAAUCAGGGCACAACAGACACGUCAAAGCCACUUCACUGGUGAGGGACUGCACGGUCAGAGGCUGUUGGGGUCUUUGCUGCUUGUGGCCCAAACCUGCUCUUUUGUUUGUUUGGGUUUUUCUUUUGGAAAGCAGGAGGAGGCAAGGCUUUCGUGAGCCCAGCAGUGAUCAUCUACCCUACUCUACCAGGAUGAGACCCCUUCACACCGGCAGCCCUCGCAUCCCCGAGGCACAUGUACCCCGGAGGCAGUCAUUCAGGAGUGGGCUGACCAGGGGGGUACCAGGGUCCCCACCCCAGGGCCAGCCAUGGUCUGUGGGAUCCUUUGCAACCCUCGAGGCCAGUCCCUUCGCUGCAGGAGUUCGGAACCUUCUCUUCUAACUUUUAUAUAUGUUUCAUACACGCUUGGAAAAGAGAGCAGCAGCCUUGUAGGAGCUUUUGGUUCAUACCAAAAUGGUCCAUACCAAAAUGGAUUUGGCUGAUCUCAACAAGGUAAACUCAUAAUAUGCCGCAACCAGCAGCCUGUUAAACAACCCCAGUCACCAGGAUGAAGGAACGGAGGUGACUGGAGUGGCAAUUAACCUGAUCGUCCCACCCCAGGGAAGGUGGACCCCUGAAGUGCAGGGUGGACCCUCACGGGCACUGUGGAACCCCCCCCCCCAAGGGAAGAGCCACUGGAUGCAGAGCCACCCAGCAGAAGGCAUCAUUCCAGCCCCCACCGCAACCUGCUCUGCCCGUUGCUGCCCUUGCUCGCAUGGUCCAACCUCUGGUACCCAGUCAAGUGGAGAGAAAAGAAAAAUCUCUCUUUACUAAAAAUUCUUGCUGUUCCAGGUAAGCACUGGGAAAACCAUCCACCUUAUGUCUUCUAAGGAAGUUACCCGGCUAAAACAGCUUGGAUAUUUGCAGUCCCAGCAGAAAGCAAUCCUCUGCUCUCCAUUAAUUCUUGAGGGAGAGGAUGGGAAGCAGAGAGGGAUGAUGACAGCGGGACUAAGUGGCAGUUGGGUUGGAGCUAUUUCAUAUUCACUUUUUCUUGCAUCACAAGGAAUCAGAAGUGGCACAGAUUAUUUUUGUCCCUCUUUUGUAGGUCACCUUUAAUAGAAAUGUUAAUAAUGCUUGCUAUCUGUAUAUCUGAAAUCUUACAUGGUAGCUCUGUAAUUCACCGCCUUUAUCAGCCUUCUCUAAUGUAUAAUUUAAUGCUUGUAUAACUAUUUUGUUUGGGUAUGACUCUCAGAAUUACGACUAAAAAAAAAAAAUCUGUAUGCUAGUUAACUGCUUUUUAUGGAAAGCAUUUCUUUCAUGUUAUUUUAAAACCAUGGAGCCAGGGGAAGUAUUUUAUGGACCACAGAACCUCGCAGGGUAGUUAAUUUCUGUUUGAGCUGGUUUCUCUGCUAUUUUAAAGGGUGCCAUCAAGAUCAUUGCUAUUUCUCUUGGUUGGGAGCCAGCUGACUCUUCUGCAGUUGCGACACAUCCUUGUGCUGUUAUUAAAGCUGGGGAAAGUAGUAAGCAUGGGAGCUGGAUGCCGUGUCACCCCAUGCCAGGGUGUGGAAGGAAAGAAGGAAGGAAAGAGGGUCUGCCUCGCUGUCUCGGGCACCCAAGGGCAACCGCUGCUUGACAUCAGGCAUUGAGGGUGCUGCAUCCUUCUUCUGAUGGUCAGAAAGUAUUUUAGCCUGGAAUAUGGGAAACAAAAAGACGACGACAACUCACAGAGCCCUGCUCCUGGGCCUUGUCCUAGCCGUCCUGUCAGCUGGGUGCACGGCCCAGCCCGGCCCAUGUAGUCCCAGGAAAGAUGCUUUCUUCCCUCAGGCAGCAAAUGGGUCUCGGUCACGUGUGCACCGUGGGCUCAAUGGAGCAUGUGGGCCUUUGCCGCUCACAUGUUAGCUCGGAGUAAACGCUCUCCGCUUUAAAAUCAGUAAUUGGGUGGUUAGCUGAGCCCUAGGCAAGCUCAAGUUAUGCACUAAAUAUUCUGCCUUUUGUUUCCUAAUGAAUUAUUUUGUGUAUCUAAGCAAAGGGGUUUUUCUUUUUGGUCUUUUCUCUGCAGUUUGUUCCUAGUCUACUUGUGGGUGUGUGUUGAAAUCUUUGCCUUUUGCUUGUGAGGUCAAGUGCUUUAAUCAGGAGUAAAAAAAUUUGCGUGCUUUAGUCCUAAAUUCUUUGAGUGGCUGCCAAAUAUAAUUAGAAACAAAUGGCUCUAUUUCUCAUUUGAGAGCUCCACAGACAUUGGGGGGCAGAGGGAGGAGAGAUUGAUUUGCCUGGCUGGUUUUGGGGGAACUUGCAAGCAAAAAAACCACCAGAAAAACCUGAGGAAGCCCUGUGAGAGGAGGAGAGCACCUUCUGCUCUCUGCAGAAGACAGAGGGUUUGAGCAGUGCUGCACGGGGAAUGAGGCACCCCCUCUGUGCCUGAUUUCUGAGCGGCUCAAUAUUUCCUCCCCAGUGCUGAGGGGACCAGAGGAGGGCACCUGCCCAGGAACACUGCACAGCUGUCACCUGCCUGCGUAACCACACACACCACUCACACCAAGGUUCCAGAUGCCUCAGUGGGAGCCAGGGUGGUGGUCAGACAACCAAGUGCACGACAGUCAAGGGAAUUAGCACUCCCUGUACUUCUCACCCCAGACCACCACAGCUAAACCCCAGCUAGAUAAACACAUAAUGUAUAAAUUACAAGAGCCGGUCUGCUCCAAGCAGUGCCAGUGAGCACCACUCAUUGCAGGUGUCCACACCAUCUCUGCUUAAUCGCAUCUGGACUAUCUGUAAAUUCAAUGAAAUUGUAUUUAGCUGCACUCAAAAACCAACCACAGUCUGAGAGAUGCAACAGCUUCAUGUUCCUGGUGUAGGAUCCCACUUUGUCCAUUACACACACCUCAGUAUGUCAGGUAUGUGCUGAGGAGGCAUUGCUCAUCCCUCUGCUGUCUUCCAGCAUGAGCUGCAGACACAAGUACUUGGAUGUCACAAACCACCUGUUUCAACAAGCAAUUUUGGCUCCGAAAUGGCUGAAGAGCAUCUCUUGCUGGCUUGUACAAGAUGGGAAAUUUUGCGGCAUGGUGUGGCCUCACAGCAUGAUAUUGCCUCACAAUAUCACCUCACAGCAUGACAUCUCCCCACAGUAUCACCUCAUGGCACAGCAUCUCCUAAUAGUAUGGCACUGCCCCAUGGCAUGUCAUUGUCUCAUAGCAUCGUCUUGUGUCAUGGCAUCGCCUCAUGGCAUGGCAUCAUCUCACCGCAUUGCCUCAGAGCAUCACAUCGCCUCAUAGCAUUGUCUCAUGUCAUGACAUCACCUCACAGCACAGCAAUGGCUCACAGCACCGCUUCAUCUUGUGGCAGCACAGCACCUUGCAGCAUCACCUCACGGCACGGCGUUGCCUUGUUGGCAGAGCCUGCGGCAGAGGAGAGGUGCUGGCGAGAGACAGGGAGCCCUCCACCACUGCCCUGCAGCCACACACCUCCUGUCUGGGGGAUGGGACUGUCUUAAACAUUGGCAGGGUUGGGUUUUUUUUUCAUUUCUGAGUAAAUCUUAGAACAAACUAAAUCAAAUUUGCACAUUCUGUGGGGUUUUUUUUGCCUCCCUUUCUUC